UAAAAUAACACGACGUAAACGAGAUCCACAUUACGGGCAAAACUUAAUAGACCUUUGCGUGCAAUGAACUCGGACUCUAGAAACCCCACCAAUUAGGUUACAGGGCAACAAGGUAACGCAACGCGACGCAGACCGUCCUAGCGUUGCGCGCGGUCUGCGCUGUCGCAGUCGGAAUAGACCGAGCAAAACCGAGACAGAAAGAGAAAGAGAAUGGGAAAAAGAGACAGGAGGAAGUAUGAACACCGAUAUAUCGUGUACAUAGCUGUCGUUUUGUAAGAUUUGAAUAAUUCUACAGAGCGCUGGUGAAAAUAAGUUUCGAAAAUCCAUCGAUAUGUAUAGCUAAGGGGCGGUCAGGUCUACCGAGCGUCCCUACGUCGCGCAUUACCCUGAAUCGCGGCUGCAUCUCGUCGUUCGUCCAGUCCAGAUUCCGAAUCGAUUCUUCCGUACUACCCACCGUUCGUGUCGCUAACAGCCUCGCGUUCCCGAAAUAUGGGCUCGAUCGUCGUAAAAUCGCUCUCGGUUCUUCUUGGAAUAUUUUUUGUUUUCGUCGGCACCAUGAAGCUGACCUCGCACAUCAGCAAGGAUCUUCACAAGGAUCUGAGGAAGGAGUACGUCAAGUACGCGAAAGUAUUUCCUCUGUCCGAGACCCUGAACUUCAAAGUACCGAGCAAAUGGUACAGAAGAGUUGUCGGUUCGCUCGAGAUCAUCUGUGGCCUCGCAAUGGCGAUCGUACCUAGCCACAAGGUAAAGAAUGCAUCGAACGCGGUGUUGCUUUUAUUGAUGUUAAUGGCCGUGUAUUCUCAUUACAUGGUCAACGAUAAAUUCGAGAGGAUCGCCCCAGCUUUGGUAUUUUUCUUCAUGCUGACGGGACGCCUAGUGAUAGAUUGGCAACUUAGGCGGGAGGAUGCACAGUCCGUAACAGCCAACGGUGUGGACGAUAAAACCAAAAAGCAGGAUUGAACACAGAG